GCGAAACUGUAUUAUAUCAAACACAGAGAAAGAGAAGGAAAGGGAGGAGCAGUAGAUCUCAAGCCAUUAAGUUGGCCAGAUAUCUAUCUUUUUGGGGUUAUCAAUAUACAGAAACAGAGUAGCAAGGAACUUAUAUUAGAAUAAAAAGUGGGAAAAGGAAAAGAGAAACUGGAAUAGAUUUAGAAUUGGGUCGUUUUCUUUUUCAUUUUGGGUUCUCCUUAAAUCCCACUUGUUUGUCUCUUAGCUUUUCUUUUUCUCUUUUAUAAUUUUGUAUGAUCCCAUGCUAUUAAUAUUGCUGAAUCUGAUCCUGCGCUUUUGUCUUCUGUGGCAACCUCAGAUCGAUCAAAACAAAUCUUCUUCUUCUUCUUCUUCUUCUUAUUCUUCUUCUCCUACAAAUACGUAACGAAAAGAAAGAUUGAACAAAAUGGGUACAGGCUGGAGAAGAGCGUUUUGCACCAGUAUUCCUAGAGAUUCAGAUACAACCUCGUCAAUUUCAGAGAAGCAAACAAGUCCUAGUCCUAGUCCAAGCCCAAGAAGCUGCGCUAAGUUAGGGUUUCUCUCCGGCGGAAGCAACCCCACCACACCUCGCCUACACUCUCAACAUCCAGUCUCUAGCCCAAGCUUGCGUUGCCGAACUUCGAACAAUACCACUGCUGUUGAUCAUCAGCCACUUUCCAGCAAUGAAAGUCCAGUUCUCCAUUGCAGAACCACCCCCAGAGCUGCUAAGAGUUCGAACCCAUCAUCUCCUCGAUCUCCUCUCAAGCUUUCUCUCUUCAAGAACAGCUUCAAGUUCAGGAGUAGCUGCGGAAUCUGUUUGAACAGUGUGAAAACAGGUCAAGGCACGGCAAUAUACACAGCAGAAUGUGCGCACGCUUUUCACUUCCCCUGCAUAGCAUCUCAUGUUCGUAAACAUGGCAGUCUCGUCUGCCCCGUCUGUAACGCUACUUGGAAAGAUGUUCCUUUACUUGCCAUCCAUAAGAAUCUCCACAGCCCUGUGCAAAACGACGACGCAGCAGCAGUUAAUAAUGCAAAUGCUGCUGCAGCCAUCAACUAUAAACAACCAAAAGUAGAAGAAAAGAAAGUUGUCGUGGUAGAAUCUUCACCUAGACUUCAACAACCAACAACUCCAAAAAUCUCUGAUUCAAGAUCCUACGAUGAUGAUGAGCCAUUGCUAUCUCCAACUGCUGGUGCCAGAUUCAUUCCUAUUCCUGAAGCUGAUAAUGAGAAUGUCGAAGAGGAAGAUGAUGACGAUGUUGAGGAAUUUCAGGGAUUCUUCGUUAAUCCAACGCCCUCUUCUUCUCUCAAAUCUGAUGAUACUGUUUCAAGAAAUGUUCAGGUUCGACUAUUGCCUGAAGCUGCUGUUGUCUCCGCAGGACGUGGCUACGAAACUUAUGCUGUGGCAUUAAGAAUUAAAGCUCCACCACCGCCGCCACAACAUUCACCACGCAGCAGUUCUACUACGUCCUCGCUUUUGGAUUCUGCUCAUCGAGCGCCAAUUGAUUUGGUGACAGUGCUUGAUGUCAGUGGAAGUAUGACCGGAGCUAAACUGCAAAUGCUCAAACGCGCCAUGCGUUUAGUUAUUUCAUCACUCGGCUCGGCUGAUCGUCUCUCAAUUGUGGCUUUCUCUUCAGUACCUAAGCGGUUAUUACCUUUAAGAAGAAUGACGGCUCACGGUCAGCGUGCGGCUCGUCGAAUUAUUGACCGGCUCGUCUGUGGUCAAGGUACUAGUGUUGGUGAUGCCUUAAGGAAAGCUACUAAGGUGCUUGAAGACAGACGGGAAAGAAAUCCCGUUGCCAGUAUCAUGUUAUUAUCAGACGGUCAAGAUGAACGCGUUCAAACCAGUUCUGUUAAUCAACGGCACACUUCUGGGCACAUCAACUCAACCCGAUUCGCACAUAUUGAGAUCCCGGUUCAUUCUUUUGGGUUUGGACAGAGUGGCGGCUACAGCCACGAGCCAGCUGAGGACGCUUUUGCUAAAUGUGUUGGCGGAUUACUGAGUGUGGUUGUACAAGACUUGAGAAUCCAGCUCGGUUUCGCUUCCGGCUCAGCUCCAGCUGAGAUAUUAGCAGUCUACACAUACAAUUCUAGGCCUACCGUGCUUAGCUCCGGGUCGAUUCGGCUUGGUGAUUUGUACGCGGAGGAAGAGAGGGAAUUACUGGUGGAGCUAAGGGUCCCGUCAUCGGCAGCUGGGUCCCACCAUGUGAUGUCUGUUCGCUGCCUUUACAAAGACCCCGCCACUCAAGAAGUUGUAUACGGCCGUGACCAGGCCCUACUAGUACCACGUCCUCACGCUGUUAGAUCAUCAGCUCCUAAGAUCGAACGGCUGAGGAAUCUAUUCAUCACUACUCGAGCCAUAGCCGAAUCAAGACGGCUCGUGGAGCAUAAUGACUUCACAAGCGCUCACCACUUGCUGGCUUCGUCUCGGGCUUUGCUAUUACAAUCCGACUCAAUCUCCGCUGAUGAGUAUGUUAGAGGUUUGGAGAGUGAGCUGGCAGAGUUACAUUGGAGGAAACAGCAUCAGAGCGAAAUGUUGCAGCAACAGCAGAUGAUGAUCCAACGGCGGAGAGGGAGUGAGAGGGAAACAAUGGUUGUGAUUGACGAGAACGGGGAGCCUCUUACACCGAGUUCGGCGUGGAGAGCAGCUGAGAAGCUGGCUAAGGUAGCCAUAAUGAAGAAGUCUUUGAAUAAAGUCAGCGAUUUGCACGGUUUCGAAAAUGCUAGAUUUUAAUAUUUAAUAGAAGUAGUAACAAUAAAAGGAAUUGUUAGGGCAUUAUUGAUUCUGGAAAAUGAGAAGAAGGAAUUUGAAAUCGAAGUUGGAACAGAAAUGUGGAUUAUAAUUGCAAAUACAUAAAAUAUACAUAAAUAUUAAUAAUA